AGUUAUGGAAAGUGACCGAGCUCCAGGUCCGGAAAUUUUCCAGCAAAUUGUUUUAAUGGAAGCCAUCGAGCGUCGAUUGAAUGCUCGUAUUGACAAUUUUCAUCUGCAGCUUAAUGAAGGAAGAUCCGUAGUAGAGAACUUGAGAGCCAUAAGAUGGACUAGGGAAUUAGUACGAAGAGGUAGAAGAGGGUGUUUUAUCUUAGUAAGAAGAGGCGGAAGACGUAGUCGAAAGUUAGCAAGAAGAGGUAGAAGAGCCAGUCGGGUAACUGGCGGAAGAUGCAGAAUUGGGGGUUGGGCUUUAGUAAGAGGUGGCGGGAUUGGUAGUUUAGAAUUAGUAAGAAUAGACAGAAGAGAACAUCAAGAAUUGCAUAGGGCAAACAGAGAGGGGAGUAUGGCGCUUGUAAGAAGGAGAAGUCGGGAAUUAGAGAGAGUAGUCAGAAGGGAGAGACGAGAAUUAGAAAGGAUAGAUAGAAGAGUGCUUUUGGAUAUAUUAAGGAUGGAUGAGCCACGACAAACGGAAAGAGAUGAAGAGGAAUUAGAAAGCGGCCAGAGAUGGACAAAAUCAGCAUGUUACAAAAGAAUAAAGAAACUUCUGCUUAAAUGGAAGAGGGGAGGAAGAUUUAAUGCUGUCAGGAGACGGAAUAAUUAAAUACCCUUAAAUUUUCUUAUUAUAUUUGAGUUCCAAAUUUAAAGUAUACUGCUUUAUUUCAUUUUCUUUAAAAAAUUAAUUAAACACAAG